UCUGUCCCUGCAUGGGAUAGAAUGAGCAACUGCCUGCUGGAUCUUUCCCUGGCUCUUUAUUUUUCACUUUUUUUUCCCUCUAUGGACAUGGCUCUCACAAAUCUAAAGAUUUCUAGCAUUCAGGAACAGAUGGAUGAGAUGUGCACAUUACCUGCUGGAAGAGCUAAUGGUGUUUACCUGAAACCACUGCAGCAGCUUUAAAAGCAUUUCUCCAAGUUUACUUUUCAAAUUUCUUGGACUGAAUUUUUCUGACUUCAGGCUCAUCUUAGACAGAAGCUACAGGAGGUGUGGACUCUACCUUCUAAUCCACUUUUUUUUUUUCUUUCAUUUGCUCAGCCGUCACUCUGUCUGUCACUGUCAUGAUAUCCCAUUCCCUCUUUCUAGGGUUUCAUAAUGCUUUGGGAUCUCUGCGAGGUCUCUCUCUCAUUCAGAAGUUGGGCUGAAUUUCAUCCCUUCGUUAAAAGGAUAAAGGGCAAUGAAAGCAGCUUCAGGAUGAGUUAGUACUACAUGUUUGUGGAGAGGAUGGGAGCUCAGUCACACAGAACCUGGAAAUAAACUGAGCCUUAGGUGUGAGCUGCGCAACUUUUGUUGUUAGGGUUUGACGUACGAGUUGUAUUUGAAUGUAUUGAUCACAAUCAUGGGAAACGCAGCUGGAAGCGCUGAGAUUUCCCAGGGAAGGGAUCUUAAGGAGACCACGAUAACCAGCCCGGAGUGCGCUGGGCCCCAGAAGCAAACGACGGGACUGAAGCAUCCGAUGCCGCCCAAGAGCGAGCUGGAGGAACGCUUCAACGCUGCACUGGACACGAUGAAUCUUCCUCCAGACAAAGUGCAGAUCCUCUCCCAGUACGACAAUGACAAGAAGUGGGACCUGAUUUGUGAUCAGGAGCGGUUUCAAGUCAAGAAUCCCCCAUCUGCUUAUUUGGAGAAGCUGAAAAGUUGUUUGGAUCACGGAGGAGUCGGUUGGAAGCUUAAGAGACGUGUUCAAGAGCUGACCCAGGUCCUCAGAGAGCUGGAGAUUUCCCUGAGGACCAAUCACAUAGGCUGGGCUCAGGAAUUCCUAAAUGAGGAGAAUCAGGGUUUAAACGUGUUGGUGAAGUAUCUCUCUGCCGCUCAAAGUGCUGUUACGUCAGACACAGAGACGUCCGAAAACGGCGCACUGCCCUCAGAUAAAGGGAAGGCUGCAGACAAGUCGGUGGAAGACGUCGGCAGAAAUCCGAAUGAAUCCCCAACCAGCCACGGCGCGAAGCUCACUAAAGCGUUUACAAUCAACAGGAGAGUGCAGAGGCCGUCGCGUAUCGUGACUCAGAAGGACGACAUUCAUCUCUGCAUCAUGUGUCUACGUGCCAUCAUGAACUACCAGUCAGGGUUCAACCAGGUGAUGGAGCACCCAAGCUGCGUCAACGAGAUCACGCUCAGCCUCAACGACCGGAACCCCAGGACCAAAGCCCUGGUGCUGGAGCUGCUGGCAGCUGUCUGUUUGAUGAGAGGAGGCCAUGACAUCAUCCUGUCCGCCUUUGACAACUUCAAAGAGGUGUGUGGAGAGAAAAGGCGCUUCGAGAAGCUAAUGGAGUAUUUUCAGAAAGAAGAAAGCAACAUUGACUUUAUGGUGGCCUGUAUGCAAUUCAUCAACAUUGUGGUCCACUCGGUGGAAAACCUGAACUUCAGGGUCUACCUUCAGUACGAAUUUACCCAACAUGGCCUGGAUUCCUACUUGGAGCAGUUGAAGUUUACAGAGAGCGACAGGCUGCUGGUCCAGAUCCAAGCCUAUUUGGAUAACGCGUUUGAUGUGGCAGCUUUGCUGGAGGAUGCAGAGACCAAGACCACCCUGCUGGAUCACAUAGAGCAGCUGCAGGAGCUCCACACGCAGCUGAGCUCCAAGUUCCAGGAAACCGAGCUGGGGGCGAUGCAGAAAGUCUCCGAGCUGGAGAAGAAGCUCAUUCACAUCUGCAAAGAGGUGGACCCCUUAAAGCCAGAUCAAGCAGGAGACGGACGUGGAUCCUCUGAUGAGCUGAAGGAGCUGGAGCUGAGGGUUCAGGCUCUGGUGGAGGAGGGCCUCCUUCGAAUGGACCGCGCCCCCUCUGGUGAGCUGGUCCUUCAGGUGGUCCAGCGGGAGUCACAAAGAGACACCGUCAGUGAUCAAAUAGACGGUACUUCCACCUCCCCACAAUCUCCAACCAAGGAACUACCGAAGUUUCAACCUCCUCCUCCGCCGCCGCCGCCUCCUCCCCCACCACCGCCUUCUGGAGGCGCUGUGGCGCAGCAGACAGUGGGGGGCUCGGACAAACAGAAGAAGCCCAUUCAAACCAAAUACCGCAUGCCGCUGUUCAACUGGGACGCUCUGAAAUUAGACCAGGUGGAGGGAACCAUCUUCGGCGAGCUGGACGACCAACACGUCUUGCAGGAGCUGGACAUGGAAGUUUUCGAGGAACAGUUUAAGACCAAAGCUCAGGCCCCUCCGGUGGAUCUGGGCACCCUGAAGAAGAAAAUGGCCAGGAAGACUCCCAGUAGAGUGUCCAUAAUGGAGCCCAACAGGGCCAAAAACCUGGCCAUCACUCUGCGCAAGAAAUGCGUGGCUACAUCAGACAUCUGCAGCGCCAUUGAGACGUACGACCAGCAAGCUUUGAGUCUGGACUUCCUGGAGCUGCUGGAGCGUUUCAUCCCCACGGAGUUCGAGAUGAAGCUCAUCCAAACCUACGAGAGCGAAGGUCGGUCGCUGGACGAGCUCAGCGAAGAGGAUCGCUUCAUGGCGCGCUUCGGCAAGAUCCCGAGGCUUUCCCAGAGGAUCAGCACGCUGACCUUCAUGGGAAACUUCACAGAAAGCAUCCAGAACAUCCAGCCUCAGCUGGACGCCAUUAUCGCAGCCUCAAUGUCUGUCAGAUCGUCCAUGAAGCUGAAGAAAAUCUUGGAGAUCAUUUUGGCGUUUGGAAACUACAUGAACAGCAGCAGGCGAGGGCCGGCGUACGGCUUCCAUCUGCAGAGUUUAGACCUGCUACCGGACACUAAAUCAACAGACCGCAGACAUACGCUGUUGGACUUCAUCGUCAAGAUCAUCCGGGAAAAAUACCCGGACCUGCAGAAUUUCCACACUGAACUGCAAUUCCUGGAAAAGGCAGCGCUCGUAUCCUUCGACAGCAUCCUGAGGAAUCUGAAAGCUCUAGAAAGAGGCAUGGAGCUGACCAGGAGCGAGUUCUCAGCAGAAGAAGAAAACCCUGUCCUGAAAACGUUUCUGGACACCAACGCGCCGCUUCUUGACUCUCUGAAGGCCGAAGAAAAGACUGCCCAGGAUACAUACGAGUCGGUCGUGGAGUACUUUGGAGAAGAUCCCACAAUGACUCUGCCCUCUGAGUUCUUCUCUAUUUUUAUCCGGUUCAUCAAAGCGUACAAGCAAGCUGAGCAGGACAGCAAGGAGACAGAGAAACGACAACGUCCAGCUUGUGACGAUCACUCCGCUCCUCCCAAACCGGAGCCACAGAGGAACACGAUUUCUAUUAUGUGCAGACAACCUCAGAUGGAUCUGAUCGCAGAGCUGAAGAGGAAGCAGGGAUCUCCUCCGGUGAGGGAGGGGAAAGACGGCGCCAUCGAGGACAUCAUCACGGAUUUAAGGAAUCAGCCAUACAGACGGACAGAUGGUUCCCGUCACAGCUCCAGGGGGAGACCGGGCCAACAGCUUCAAGUAUCUUCAGACAUCUCCCUCUGAACUCUGGAGCUAGAAGCAGAAGGCGUUUAACAGUGAAGGAAACGUUUAGUCCUGUUCUCGUAUCAUGGUGGAAACGAAAAAAGAAAUCAGAGCUGCAGCUCUGGAGAGUUCUCUUGAUCCUCACAGUGAAAGUGGCAGCAGAAAUGUUGCCCAUCUUGCAUAACCAAAAGGAGAAGCUUGAUGUUGAUGAUACUGGAAGUCAUCAGGACAAUUUCCAGAGAGUCCAGCACAGAAUGAACAUGACAAAGAGUCCACUCAGAAAUAGGUUUUAGUUACAACUGUCGCUGCUGUUCUUUGCGUCUCCAUCUGAGGAUUUUAUUAAAUUAAAUUGUUUUAAUAUGGAAUUUAUGCUUAGCUUUGGCGUUUGAACAAAUAAAGUAUUUUAUACUCCUGCCAUUUACGUGACCUUCCUCAUCUUACUUUGGAAAAAUGUUCAACUUGGACCAAAAGAGAAAGACAUUGUCACAAUUCUCUAAAACACUUGACAAUCACAUUUAAACAUGUUGCCUAUAAUUCCUGAAAAGCUGUGCAUCGGAGGUUCAGCCGUCUCUGAUGUCUUCUUCGUAUUCCAGGGAAUCUGCUGCAGGAAAACAUUUCGCUGCACAGAGAGGAUAAACCUUCGGAUGAUUUCCUCCUGAGAGCUGCUCUCAUGUGGCCAAUUACUCCAGUUUAUCCAACACAGUAACACUGAGGUCUCAACACUUUGCACUGCAGACAUUUUACAGCCCAACAGAAAACUAUCCGGCUCCUUGCACCCGCUUCUUCUUUUCAAGUUUAAAUUAUUUCACAGAUUGUGGAAAUAUGCACCUUGAUUAAAUUUAAAUGAUUGUUUUAAAGGUUGCAAAAGCUCACUUUUAUUUUAUUUUAUUUUUUUUAAUAAAUGUGGAUAAAUCUUCAACUGCAAUCAUGGUUAAAUGAAAGAACACGGCAGCAGUUGGUUUUAUUUCUGGUCAGAACAAUAAUCUUCCACCACCUGACAGUAAAAGGCUGAAAAACUGCCCAGUUAGAGCAAACUGCAUCACUGGCAAUAAAAUGUUGCACUGCUCAACUCCAUUACAGACAGAAAAAUCUGGGGUUGAGGAAGCAGCUUGACCAGGAGGAUGCUUCAAAUUUGUCUCCUCGUCCCCAAACAGGACCCACUUCAAGAUUUAUCAGACGUUUGAUGAUUGCGGGCCGUUAAUGUUUAAAUGUCCCCUCAGGAUCCUGAUCUUCAUCUCACUGCUCUUCUCUUUGGUCUUUUGGAGUCAUUAAACUUUCAUCUAAUCCU